GUCCAUCAGUCUUGACUUGAGCUCCCUUACAAGUUACAUCUCCGGUGGUGGACUGUGGAUAGCCAACCGAUGGCGGAGAGACGAAAUUUGGAUUCGCUCGGUAGGGACGAGAGAAUCCAAAUCCCACCCUGCACCUGGGCCACAUAAAAUAGAGCGCGCCUGUUAAACCGGCCAUCGUCGACAUUCAGCCACAGACAGACAGACCUUCUCAGUCCCUUUCGUUGUAGUUAUCGAUCGGGACGAACAUCACGCAACCGCAGGCUCGAAGACGCCCACCAGAAGUCAAGUCUCACCUUUCCCACCCCAGAAAAAUAGAAAUCCCCUUAUCUAUCGAAAUUGGCAACUUCUAUGUCCUCCUUAUAUCUCCUCCCGCCCUUCUCUGCACGGUUCAGGUAAUGCUGUGAAACUUGCUGGUGAACUGGAACGCCCGCAGGUUUGACGAAUGGGGACGGGAACGUCCAAGGACGCCGACGGCGUGGCUCACGAUGAGAGCGACGACCGAGAUGGAAGUCUCGACCAGGCCGGCGGCCAGCUGUAUGUGUCUCUGAAAAUGGAGAAUUACAAGCUUAAUGGCGAGAUUAUCCCUCACGUCUACGGCUCUGUCCCUCUCGUUGGCUCUUGGGAUCCUUGCAAGGCUCUGUCAAUGGAGCGCGAAUCGGCUUCAAUGUGGGAACUGAGUUUUGUUGUUCCUCCUAACCACGAAACUUUGGAUUUUAAGUUCCUUCUGAAGCCAAAGUAUGGCAGCGCUCCUUGUGUGAUCGAGGAGGGGGCCCACCGGGUUUUCUCCAGGGGUGCUUUGCAAGGAGAAUCAAGGCUGGCUGUGUUUAGAAACGGUGAGGAGACUUUGGAACAUAAAAUCUUCAUAAAGGCUGAUCAAGUUUCUCCAUUUGAUCUUGCGGCUAGUUGGAGGGCUUACCAGGAGAAUCUUCGGCCUUCAACUGUUCGCGGGAUCCCUGAUGUUAGUAUCAAUUCUGCACCAAUUGCUGGAGCUGAGAAUGGAUGUUCUGCCAGUUUGGAGCUUGAUCUUGAACACUAUCUUGUUCCGGCUCCAUCAACUUCUGCAAACUCAGGAAUGGUGUAUGCUGCUAACAAUGCGGAGAAUCCAAGGUUUACAAUUACUGAUGCAGCAUGGUAUAACUCCUAUUCAUUCAAGGAUGCCAGUAUUUCUUCUGAUCGUCCACCAACUUAUAAGGGCAUUGAGGUUGUGAUCCCAGAUCCCUCCAAAGCAUAUCCUGGUACUGGAAUGGUUGACUCAAAGUCGGUGGGGACUUUUUCGCCUCUGCAAAGGCAAGAUAGUCACAGGGGGCUCUUUGUGGACAGGGGGGUUGGAUCUCCUAGACUGCCUAAAUCACCAAGUUCAAGUACAUUCACAUUUGAUCUUAAACACGAGGCGGCGACCAAGAACUUGAUGCCAGCAGCUGCUGGAGCUGUCGCUGCUGCUGCUGUAGCCGAUCAGAUGCUUGGUCCAAAGGAAGACAAACAUUUGGCAAUAGUUCUGGUAUCAACUGACAUAAGCAUUAUUUAGAAAUUUAGAGUUCUAGGUGCUCUCGUUUCCAGUUUGAUUUUAGUUUUAGCAACACGAGAUAAUCAAGAUAUUUGCCAUAUGAAGAACCUUAAAACAGGUCGUUCAAUUUUGCUACACAUCUUGGUAGAUCUCGUAAAUGUAAAGGUUCUUAAGCUGAUCGUUGAUAAUUCUUACUGAUGAAUUCUCUACAAUGUCGUAACCUUAGGUUGGUCUUCCUGCUCGGGGAAAGACCUUCACUGCAGCUAAACUCACUCGUUAUCUUCGCUGGUUGGGUCAUAACACAAAACAUUUCAAUGUUGGGAAGUAUCGACGUAUUAAGCAUGGCACUAUCCAGGUAUGUUUAUGUCCUCUGCUCACUCGUUCUUCAAUGUUUCCCUUUUGCUCAGAAAUUAAACUGGCUGAUAACUAAAUGAUCUGAACUUCUUUUUAUUAUUAUUAUGUUGUAACUAAGUAAUUGUACUUUGUCUCAGUUAAUGAGGAUUUGGUACAAGAUCAGCAGCUAGCACACCCAUGUCCUCUCAGUCUUCUAGCUUCUUUUUGUUUAGAGAGUUGGUAUAUUUAUGUGGUUUAUCAUUGCAUGUGCCCUGCACUUGGUUACUGUAAAAGGACUCUUGCUUUUCUCUUCAAGACAUGUAUAAUCAGCUCGUUCAGUAGGAUACCUUAAGUGAUUGUUUGAUAUACAAAUCUAGGUCAAUAAGGUAGUUGAAAAGUCAACUAAUAGCCAAGUGUGUACAAAUGUUAUUUUUUAAGUCAGCUACUGACAUUCUUUAUUUGGUCCUUUGCUUAAGAAUAUUCCGAUAUUAUAAUCCAAUUGUUCUUAGACGCUUUUUGCUGAUGCAGAAUGCUGAUUUUUUCCGUGGCGACAAUCCUGAAGGCGUGGAAGCACGUAAUGAGGUAGCAGCACUAGCAAUGGAAGACAUGAUUGCUUGGAUGCAAGAAGGUGGGCAGGUAGGAAUAUUUGAUGCCACAAACAGUACCAGGGAAAGAAGGAACAUGCUGAUGAAAAUGGCUGAAGGAAAUUGCAAGAUUAUAUUUUUGGAAACUUUAUGCAAUGAUAAACGCAUUAUUGAGAGGAACAUUCGCCUUAAAAUCCAGCAAAGCCCUGACUAUUCUGAACAGCCCGAUUUUGAAGCUGGAUAUGAAGACUUCAAAAGUCGGCUAGAUAAUUAUGAAAAGGUCUACGAACCAGUUGAAGAAGGUUCUUACAUUAAAAUGAUAGACAUGGUCAGUGGUAAUGGUGGGCAAAUUCAGGUGAACAAUAUAAGUGGCUACCUUCCGGGACGCAUUGUCUUCUUUCUGGUGAAUAUGCAUCUCACGCCUCGUCCAAUAUUACUUACAAGGCAUGGAGAAAGCCGAUACAAUGUUAGAAGUAGAAUUGGAGGUGAUUCUUUGUUGAGUGAUACUGGAGAAAUAUAUUCCAAGAAGCUUUCAAACUUCGUCGAAAAGCGACUGAAAUCUGAGAAAGCAGCUUCUAUUUGGACUAGCACACUGCAAAGGACAAUCCUAACAGCAGGUCCAAUUGUUGGGUUUCCCAAGAUCCAAUGGCGUGCACUGGAUGAGAUAAAUUCUGGAGUGUGUGAUGGAAUGACGUACGAGGAAAUAAAGAGGAACAUGCCGGAGGAGUACGAGUCCCGGAAGAAGGAUAAGUUGAGGUACAGGUAUCCGCGUGGAGAAUCCUAUCUGGACGUCAUUCAGAGGCUGGAGCCAGUAAUCAUUGAACUCGAGAGACAAAGGGCACCUGUUGUGGUUAUCUCUCACCAGGCAGUAUUGAGGGCUCUGUAUGCUUAUUUUGCUGAUAGGCCUCUGAAAGAAAUUCCACAUAUCGAGAUGCCACUGCAUACAAUCAUCGAGAUACAGAUGGGAGUUACUGGCGUGCAAGAGAAAAGAUACAAACUCAUGGACUGAAAAUUGUGUUUGUAGCCUAGAAACACAGAACUGGUAACUGUCACUGUAAAUUUUCAUUCCUGUUAUUACUGAAACGCAAUAUUGGCACGAUCAUAUCACAGGAAAAAAGGUAAAGAUGCAUAAAAUGUAUGAUAGAAAUAGCCAAAUCUCUUGCCUACCAACCCGACCAAACCCUAGUAAAGUCACUUCUAUAUAUGAUCUCAUCAUCUCAUAAGGCCUUGGACGUGUCUGCCGGGAAACUGAUUAUAGGCACGAUCGCCGUAUGAAGAAAGAAAGGAAGAAGGGAGAUCAAGCAUCGAUGGCGGCUGAGUGUUUGUCAACGAAGUGCCAACCGAAGGGUCUCGCUUGGAAGCGAUGUUGUGCUUUCAAGUGAGACCCUCCGCUGCUGGAGCUUUGUUGAGAAUGAGCACUCAGGCUAGCGACAGCUGCACUGAAACAACGAUGGUUGGUAAAUGUUAGCAUUUGGUCGGGAUGUACCUUAGCCAACUAACCAACGUUCUCCAUCGAUUCUUGAUCUUCUUUCCUAAUUCAAUAACUGUGUCGAUUCUUAGAUCAACGUUGUGACAUUUUUGUUAGGAAUCCCUAUCGAUAUAACGACUGAAGUGGACAAUAAAACUGUACAAGUGUUACCAUCCCCCAUACUGUAAAGCAAGGAUAACCGAGUUGUGCAGCAUUUUGAUGCAUGAGAUUGCAGAUAGCCUUUGUCAUCUAUUUUCGGUGGGGAGAGAUUUAUUGUUACAGCUUCGGAGCCUGAAAUGUAUAAUAAGCCUUUGUCAUAUUCUUCACGGGUAUCGUGGGAGACUUGAGGGUGGGUGAGAUGAAGGGCUUGCCGUCGCCUUCACGAGUCUUUCAUUUUGCGGCCCUCUUUGCCAUAAUCAGAUAAUCUCUUCCC